AUGCCUCCGCGAUCUUUCACAGACCUGCCAACUGAGAUAUUGGAAAGCAUCUUCCUCAACCUCGACCCAUACUCUCUGAUAUCCGUCUCGCAAACGAACAAGCCUAUCAAGCAGAUCAGCGCCGACUCGCCCAUCGUGUGGCGGCACUUGUGCCAGACGGAGUUCAAGACAUGGGACGCACGCCACAACAUUGCCGCAAAGCUUGCUGGCCCACUGUCAGAUGUUGAAUGGCGGUCACUGUACAUUCAGAAAUCGAUAGUUGGAACACGAACGAGGGAACUGUUGAACCACAUCGUGCACACACAGCACCAGCGAAUAAGAUGCAUCAAUGAGAUUGCAGACUAUGGAUACGAUGCGAAAGAGGCGUUGUUGCGGGAAUUGAAUUGUCCAGACAGUGCUUCGGAUGUACUGGCGAGACGAUACUACGCGAAUGCUAUUCUGGAGCGUAUACAUCGCGAAGUUGCGAUCCGGGCCUGGACGGACCUGCAUGACAAUAAAGAUGUGCCACUCGAGCGGGCACUAGGCGCAUUUGAUGUGUUUGCACGAGUUGGAGAAGAGGUGGACAUGGAUGUUAUCGAAGGUGCUAUCGAUCAACUCGCCAAGGGGGUGGUUGACCAGUACCCUGACUUUGGCAACUUAAGUCCGCGGGUGAAGGCCUCGACACUUGCCACCUACCUCCGUGAUCAGGGCUUCAGAGGGGUACCAGACUCAUCCUACCGUGCUCUUGCCAACUCAUUCAUAGGCUUGGUACUUGCAUCUGCCACUCAUCAGUCUCUGCCGCUCAUUUCAGUUGCCAUAUACUGUGCGCUUGCUCGUCGCGUAGGCCUGGAUGCUCGGCCUUGCGGCUUCCUGUACCACGUCUACACGCUUGUUUAUGCUCCACCGAACCACAAUCUCGAUGGAAAGUACAAGCCUUCGAGCUCUUCUCAGCUCGAAUACAUGUACCUUGACCCAUUUCGCUCUUCUGACGAAGUGCAACUGGGCGAUCUUCAACGCGUGCUGCGAGAUAGGGGUGUACCACAAGCGGAGCAAAAGCACUUUCUCACCGAUACAACAACCAGGGAAAUGGUGUUGCGGACAGCACGUAAUAUCAUGAACUCAGUCCAGACGAUCCGACAAACCGAGGCAGGACUACGUGGCAUUCAGGCCUCAUGGCUCAACUACACACCCGACAUGGACAAUGCCUACUACGCGACCAUCUGGGCGAUGAUGGUUCUUGGCCCUGCGCAUGAAGUCCCUGGUCCUACCUCCACAAGUCGCAGGCGCCAGUAUCUGCCCUAUCUCCUCGAACACUUCCAGACGCACUUUCCGUGGGACGUCACGCUGCUCGAGCAAUACGUCAUCCCCAUGUUCUACAACCAACCUGAGGGACAGCGCUUGCUGCAAUUCGUCCAGUCCAUGCAUCAAGUUGAUGCAAUGCGGAAGCCUGUUUUGCAGCGCGAUGAGAGGACUGCGAAUGUAAAGUUCAAGAUUGGACAGCUGUUCCAGCACAGACGGUACCACUACGAAGGAAUCGUUACCGGUUGGGAUGUCAGCUGCGAUGCCGGAGAAGAGUGGAUCCAGAACAUGGACGUUGAUCACUUGCCCAAGGGGAGGAACCAGGCAUUCUAUCAUGUGCUAGUCUGUGACAAAUCGGUCCGCUACGUCGCCGAAGAGAACAUCGAGCCCAUGCCUCCAUAUACUGAACCCUCAGAAGGUAUCAUGAAGCUUGCGGGCCGCCACUUCAAGCGCUGGGAUGGAGAUGCGCACAUUUUCGUGAGUAACGUUCGCGACGAAUACCCCGAUGACUGA